AUACGUGAUCCACAAAACUUCCUCAAUAUUCACUGUAUUACAAAUCUGGAGAUUAAAAGUACUCAUUUUCCUAAUAUCUUGAACUCUACAGUUAGGCAUAAAUUCCUCUUUAUCAGAAUUCAGAGUACAUUUCUAUUUGUGAGUGUUUUAAAACAAGCCUUUUUAAUCAAUUCUCAUUUUACUUUUUUGUUCAACUCUCUUGCUCCCCCUUAUAUAUACACCCCUCCUCAUCUUUAAAGACCAAACACUCAUUCUGACUAUACACGAAAAAUAGAGUGAGCUAAAAAUAUGAAUACAGAAAUUCGCAAACAGCCUUUCUACACCGAAAAACUCGAAAAUGGUGACUCCGACAAGAAUUUCGAUGAUGAUGGUCGUGUCAAAAGAACCGGAACAUUGCUGACUGCGAGUGCACACAUAAUAACAGCAGUGAUUGGGUCUGGAGUGCUGUCUCUUGCAUGGGCCAUAGCGCAGCUGGGCUGGGUCACCGGAACCGCGGUUCUGCUGAUUUUCUCGGUUAUCACUUACUUCACGUCCACUUUGCUGGCGGAUAGUUACCGGUCGCCGGACCCCGUCACCGGCAAGAGGAACUACACUUACAUGGACGUCGUCAGAUCUCAUUUAGGAGGUUACAAGGUUCAGCUAUGUGGUUUAGCUCAGUAUGGAAACCUUAUUGGAGUUACCAUUGGCUAUACAAUUACCGCAUCCAUUAGUAUGGUCGCUGUGAUGAGGUCAAACUGCUUCCAUAACAAGGGCACUCGUGACCAUAAAGAGUGCUCUGAUUCAAGCUACCCAUUCAUGUCCGUAUUUGCAAUAAUCCAGAUUAUUCUGAGUCAAAUACCGAAUUUUCACAAGCUGUCAUGGCUCUCUAUUUUAGCCGCUGUCAUGUCCUUUGCUUACUCCUCCAUCGGCCUUGCCCUUUCCAUCGCCAAAGUUGCAGGAGGAGCACAUCCGAGAACAACGCUGACAGGGACAACAGUGGGAGUGGAGGUAACAGGGUCAGAAAAGAUCUGGAGAACAUUUCAAUCCAUCGGAGAUAUCGCUUUCGCUUAUAACUACUCCACAGUCCUCAUUGAAAUUCAGGAUACACUGAGAUCACCCCCAUCGGAGAACAAAGUGAUGAAAAAGGCUUCCUUGGCUGGAGUUUCCACCACAACUAUGUUCUACAUGUUGUGUGGCUGCUUAGGCUAUGCUGCAUUUGGGAACAAGGCGCCUGGAAAUUUUCUCACUGGUUUUGGUUUCUAUGAGCCCUUCUGGCUAAUCGACUUCGCCAACAUCUGCAUUGCAAUUCAUCUCAUCGGUGCAUAUCAGGUGUUUGCACAGCCCAUAUUCGGAUUUGUUGAGUCUCGGUGCAGCAAGCGAUGGCCAGAGAGCCAAUUCAUAGCAGCUGAGCACCCGAUUCCCAUUCCAUUCUGUGGAGUGUUGCAUAUCAAUUUCUUCAGGAUGGUGUGGCGAACAGCGUACGUGAUAAUCACCUCUGUGAUUGCCAUGCUACUCCCGUUCUUCAACGACUUCUUGGGAUUAAUCGGGGCUGCUGCUUUCUACCCAUUAACUGUAUAUUUCCCAAUAGAAAUGUACAUUGCGCGAGCAAAGAUACCAAAGUUCUCCUUCACCUGGGUGUGGCUCAAGAUUUUGAGCUGGGUGUGCUUGAUCGUGUCGAUUGUAGCAGCUGCAGGAUCCAUCGAAGGCCUGAUCACAGAUCUCAAGACAUACAAGCCCUUUAAAAACGUAGAGGAUUAAGCUCCAUCGGCUGGAUGUUCAGUAAUGUAGCGGUUUGUUCGUGUAAUAUAGUAGUUACAAGCAAGGAUGAUAUGAAAUGUUUCGAAUUCUAUAAUAAUACAUCUAGAAUUGAGUUGUUCUUGA